AUAUAUCUCACCCAGCUCGCUUGCAUUCCUCCCUUCCCCCUCCACCACCCCCAUCCCCCGCCCAAGCUGCAGUCCUACACACCAGCACUCUACGCCGCCCGCGCCGCGUCGAGACUCGCCCUCCGCCCAGCCAGUGCCAUCGCAGCCACACGCCUCGCAGCGCACCUCCCCAUCGCCGCAGCACGCUCAUCAGCGCCCCUCCGCACCUUUACUUCCUCAACCCCCAACAACAUGCCCCCCCUUCCCUUGAAGCAGGCCGAGGAGGUCGGCGAGUACGACCUCUUCGUCAUCGGCGGCGGCUCUGGCGGCCUCGGCGCAGCGCGCCGCGCGUCCGGCCAGUACGGCGCCAAGGUCGGUCUCGCCGAGGCGAGCUACCGCCUCGGCGGCACCUGCGUCAACGUCGGCUGUGUCCCCAAGAAGGUCAUGUGGUACACGUCCGAGGUUGCCAGCGCGCUCCGCAAGGCCGCCUCGUACGGCUUUGGUGACGACGCCACCAACUACAAGAUCGCCGAAAGCUUUGACUGGCACAAGCUCAAGGAGAAGCGUGACGCCUACAUUCACCGUCUGAACGGUAUCUACGACCGUAACCUUGCCAACGACAAGGUCGACUACCACGAGGGCUUCGCGUCGUUCAUUGACAAGAACACGCUCAACAUCAAGCAGCACGACGGUACCUCGUACCAGGUCAAGGCCAAGAAGAUUGUCGUUGCCGUUGGUGGCCAGCCUACGGUCCCCACCGACGAGGAGAUCCCCGGCGCUUCGCUCGGCAUCAACUCGGACGGCUUCUUCGACAUCGAGCAGCAGCCCAAGCGCGUCGCCGUCGUCGGUGCCGGCUACAUUGCCGUCGAGCUUGCUGGCAUCUUCAACGGUCUCGGCUCCGAGACCCACCUCCUCAUCCGCUACGACUCUGUCCUUCGCACCUUUGACCCCAUCCUCUCGGACACUCUCGUCCCCUGGGCCGAGAAGGAGGGUCUCAACAUCCACAAGCAGACCAACGUCAAGAAGGUGGAGAAGACGGCCUCGGGCUCGCUCCUCGUCCACCUCGACUCGUCGGACAAGCCCCUCGAGGUCGACGUCCUUGUCUGGGCCAUUGGCCGUAACUCGAACAUUGCCGGCGUUGGCCUUGACAAGGUCGGUGUCGAGGUUGACAAGAAGGGCGACAUCAUUGUCGACAAGUACCAGAACACCAACGUCGACGGCAUCUACGCUAUUGGUGACGUCCAGGGCAAGGCUCUCCUCACCCCCGUCGCCAUUGCUGCCGGCCGUCGCUUGAGUAACCGUCUCUUUGGUGGCCCCCAGUACAAGGACGAGUACCUGUCGUACGAGAACAUCCCUUCGGUCGUCUUCUCGCACCCCACCAUUGGCUCGGUCGGUCUGUCAGAACCCGAGGCCCGCAAGAAGUACGGCGACGACAAGAUCAAGAUCUACAAGACGGCGUUCCGUGCCAUGCAGGGCGCCAUGCUCGACGAGGCCCACAAGGCGCCUACCGCCUACAAGCUCGUCACUCUCCUUCCCAACGAGCAGGUCAUUGGUCUGCACAUUAUCGGUGAGGGCUCGGACGAGAUCCUCCAGGGCUUCGCCGUUGCCGUCAAGAUGGGUGCCACCAAGAAAGACUUUGACGACACUGUCGCUAUCCACCCCACCUCUGCCGAGGAGCUUGUUACUAUGCGAUGAUUGCACGCGCCCCAGGAUUAGCUAGUGGAUACAGUAGAGAUGAAGCAUCGUGUUCAAUA